AUGUCCUUGCUUUCCAACAGCGUCCAGCGAUGCAACGCUUGUAAUCUUCUGCGACCAAACUGUCCCGGUUAUUUCUCUAAGGAUAGCGGGACGGGUGUCGAGUAUGUGAGCACACCUGCACCCCUGAACUCAAAGCUGUUCACUAUAGUGCGGAAGGUGUGCGUGCGCAGUCUCUCUAUUGAGAUGUUACCGGGAAGGGAAGGUCCGGCUGUGUUUGGAGACACGCAGAAUGGAUAUGUUCUACAGUACCAGUUUACACUGAAGGAUCCGCAA